CAGCCUGCCGAAAGAAAUCGCAGCAAGCAAGCAGCAGCUAGAGUCGUCGCGUAAAGCUGCAAGUACCCGUGUUGAGAAGCACAGAAAAGUUUCUUAAAAAUUGGUUUUCCCAGUAAUUUAACGUGGUUUAAAUUCAUCUUUUGAGUUGUAAGUGAGAGCGCUCGUUUUGGGGAAAAGUGUGUUGAUGUUCAAUUCGCGAAUAAGUGAUUACCAAACGUGCAAUAGUAAAGUUAAAAUUUGUGCGAAACUGCUCUUUUGGGUUGACUGAUCGGGUAGGAGCAGCAGAAAAAAAAACGGAAGAAGGUGGAAGAAAAUCGUUUGCCAAUUUUCUGCUUCUUGCCAAAAAGCAGUAAAAAUGUUGGCAUGUGUAAAAGACGGGCAAAAUAAUAGGAAAUUUUAAUUGGUGCCGUGCUGCAAAAAUUGUGCUCGCUGAAAGUGUUGGGGUACUUGAGUACUUGAAAGUUGGGGUUAAUUUAGCUUUAUUUGGAGUUAAUAUUCUAAACUAAAGCACUUAAAGCAGGUGAAAAAUACUGAGGAAAGCUGCUCCAGACUUCCUGUUUGAGAUUUGAAAAAUCAAGAAAAAGUGACGCUCCCAAGGGAAAAAAAUGAUGUGAUCUUACUUCGGGACGCUGAAAUUUGGUUUUUUGUUGAGCCUUUUUUUCCUCAUUUCUUGUGACUUCUAAGUACACAGCAAACAACUCUAGAUUGUUAAAAAACCUACAACAAAAAAAAAUCACCUAAAAAGUAAGAACAAACCAACAUCCAAAAGCAAAGAAAAAACAAAACCAACACUGUACCGUAGUCGCAAAGUCGAAUCGGAUCUGUACAUCCCCGGGAAAAUCCCCCGGAACCAAACAACUGGAGACCUGGUGCUGCUGCCGCGGCAAUGCCAAUGUUGUCACAAUUUCAAAUGAACUUUCGAGCGUUUCUGGUACUGGCCUCGAAGAUAUGGACCUGCCUCUGCUACAUGUUCAAUCGACAGGUUCGAGCGUUUGUACAGCAUCAACCGGUCAAAUAUGAACUGUUCCCCCUGUCGCCGGUGUCCCGGCAUCGGCUCAGCAUGGUCCAGCGGAAGACGUUGGUCCUGGACCUGGACGAGACGCUGAUCCAUUCGCAUCACGACGCCAUGCCCAGGAACACCGUUAAACCCGGGACGCCGCACGAUUUCACCGUAAAGGUUACCAUCGAUCGACAUCCGGUGCGCUUCUUCGUGCACAAACGCCCCCAUGUGGACUACUUUUUGGAUAUUGUAUCGCAAUGGUACGAUCUAGUUGUGUUUACCGCCAGUAUGGAAAUUUACGGCGCCGCAGUUGCCGAUAAGCUGGACAAUGGACGUAACAUCCUGAAGCGACGAUACUACCGGCAGCACUGUACGCCAGAUUUCGGCUCGUACACCAAAGACCUGUCGGCGAUAUGUGGCGAUUUGAAUAGGAUAUUCAUCAUCGACAACUCGCCCGGGGCGUAUCGCUGUUUCCCGAACAACGCGAUACCGAUCAAGUCCUGGUUCUCGGACCCGAUGGACAUCUGUCUGCUGUCGCUGUUACCGCUGCUAGAUGCGCUCAGGUUUACCAACGAUGUGCGGUCGGUAUUGUCGCGGAAUCUGCAUCUGCACCGUUUGUGGUAGCAGAAUCCUAGAAACAUUUUAUGGUGCGCUGUGAGACUUCUUCAAUCUUACAAAUUUUCGUUCAUUUUAUUCUAAAUUUGUGUAACACAUCCUACAACUAAAAUACACAUCAAAGAUUCGCCCAUUUUCUUUUGUCGGACAUAUUUAAACUCCUGCGAGAGUAGCAGCGAGUAUUCGAAGGCACCCUGUUUCGUUAGCUUAACCAAAUAGCGAAACCGAAGGUAAAAUUCGUCGUUUUCAAGACAGACAGCGAUAGUUUGUGUUUGUAGACUAGAAUCGUUUUGGUAAGCAAAAUACCAUCCAAUAUUUUUCUUUAAGUUUCAAGUUUCUCUCGAAAACUUUGCGUAUAUUUAUUCAUCUCUCUGUGGAAGAUGAGCUUGGAAGCAUUGAUAAGCGUGUGUCGAUUUAGUUUUGUGUUUGUUUCUACAGUAACGUACAGUAGACAGGUGACAAUCGAUUGAGCUUUUCAAAUUCGUGUAUUAUAGUUUUGCUUGUCACCAUCGUUUGGAUCGGCUCAGAAAAGUUAAAUUUGUCCCAACAUUGGAAGUAAAUCGAAACAUUGAAUGAACAAAAACAAAUAUUUUUAGAAGCUACAAUUAGAUGAGAAAGUGUCAUCAAACAUCUUGAUAAUGGUACUUUUACCUGACGUUUGUUUAAAUAGCUAAGAACGAGUUAAAGACAAAUUAAUUUAUAUGGCAAACAUUGUAACAUUCAUUGGAAUGUAAUUUAAUUACAUAAAAGAAAAUUAAAACAAAUCUUAAAUACAACAAAAAAAAGUACACUGUAAGAAAACAAAAUCGAGUGACACAAAUUUAGAACUGUAGUAGAUCAGACAAAAUAAUGUUACCUCCUAAGGAAAUAAAGUGUAAGAGAAUGAAAACACAACAACAAAAAAAAAUCUGGAAAACUUUGGUCGUUAGUUAUAAGGACUCUCUAUACAAGCGUAGUUCAAAAUUCGGCUCCCAUUUCUUCGUCGUCGAACAAGGAAAUUGUCCAUUUUAAGGCAAAUCAGCCUCUUACUAAAACAACUUGAUAUAAAUGAGCAACUACUGUUUUGCCAAGCAAAUAGUAAAAAAUAUUGUUGAUGACAGGCAAUUGAAUUUAAGUUCCAAAUAAGAGUAAGCUCAACUGCGUUAUUAUGUUGUAUAGAAAUCGAUUGGCAAAUAUGUUUGGUUAGUAGGAAUUCAUGAAAUUUACACUCUGCGUCCCGGCUGAGAAAAGUAUUUUCAAACUGUAUUAUUCUCGUAAUGAUCUGUCAUGGUUAUUUACCGUCGUGCUCAAUCAGAUUGGUCCUAUUUGAGUUUACUACGGCCGGAUCGAUUCAAGAGGCUAUUAAAAAUAAAUUUCAAAUAUGAGUUUUGUUUGAAUUGGAUAUUAUUUCGCGUAAUUUGACUGGUUUUCUUGCGGCAUAUUUAAUACAAAGGUUAUCUAUUGUGUUAAUAUUAUUGCAAAACUCAACAUCCUGUACAAAGCUUUCAAGUAGCAACAUUUCCCGAAAACAGGUGUUACAAAACGCUUUUUGGAACAAUAUUUACAUUUAACAUCGUCUUAAAACGUUAUUCUUCCUCAUCCUACUCAAACAAAAACAUUGAAUUAAACAUAGUAGCGGGUCCUCACUCAACACAGACAGUUUUAGAUUAGCAUUCUUUUUAAGUUUUAGGUAGUUUUGACAAAAUGCGUUUCCUGUUGUUUAUUUUUGUACCAAUACGAUUAGCGUUUGUUCAACUAUUAGUGAUUUAUCAUCCUAGAAGACUUGUGUUCAGUACUAGUUUUGUUUUGCACACUAGCUAUAUUUACAAUUAAAAUGACCAAACAACUACUUCAAUAUCCAGUCUUCGGCUAAGCUUAAGAAACGUUAGUUUUGACAAAUACAGUCGCGCACCAUCGAGCACAGCACCGUAAUAACUCCGAAACACCGACCGAAGUCUCAUUUUACCUUCCAUUAGGCGAGCCGUUCAUUUUUUUUCUGUUAGCAUUGCAGAAACAAGGACAUAAAAAACCAGAAAAUCAUUUCUUAUACGAUUUUUGGCACGAAGAUAAAUAAACCAAGUUUGAUACAUCUUUUUUGAGAACUCCUGGAAAGAAGAAAUCCAAAAUAUUGCAAACAAGAUAAACAUUUCUUACUACAAAACAAAACACAUUAAAUGAUAAGCAACAUAUAAUAACAAUCCUUACGUAUAAUGAUGAACAAAGAAACAACUGAUAGAAAAACACAAUUCACAGUAUCACACUCCUUUGCGUGAAAUUUUUGAAAAGAUUCUUUCCCACCCUCCAAACAUUUCUGCAUGUCAAAUAACAACGAAACAAUGUCGUUCUUUUUCAACUUAGAUGCAUCUUCGAACUCGAUAGGUGAAUGGAGAUUAUUCUUUUCAAAAAUUUAUCAUGCGAUCACCUACACAAACCCAGAUACACUCACAUAUACAGAAGAAAAAAUACAACUAAGAAACAAAAAAAAAAAACAUGAAAAAAGUAGAAUCCAUUUACUAAAGAAAAAAGCAAACCCAAAAACAUUUACAACACACAAAAAUAAUGAGUCCCUGAAGAAGAACAACAACAAAAAAGCGGGACACAGGAAAAAUUAAUUUGUAAAUAUAGUUUGAUAAAAUGAAAAUCUUCAAAAACAAAACAAACCAACAGAAAAAAUAUGAAUAAUGCCUCAAAUGCAAAACAUGGCGAAAUGAAGCGGAAAA